AUGGAUUUUAUUAAUAUGUCCAACGUGGAGGACGGGAUACAGGCAGACAAUAUCUCUUCUAAUUCCACUUCUCAGAGCCAGUACACCCAGCUCGCUAUCUGGGGUCUGGCUGGACUGGUCAGCUUUCUGAUUUUGUUUACAAUAGUCGGGAACGUCUUGGUUGUUAUCGCCGUUUUAACGAGCAGAGCUUUGAAACCACCCCAGAACCUUUUUCUCGUCUCUCUGGCCAGUGCGGACAUACUGGUGGCCACCCUAGUCAUGCCCUUUUCCCUGGCUAAUGAACUCAUGGGCUACUGGUUUUUUGGCAAAAUUUGGUGUGACAUCUACCUGGCCCUGGACGUUUUAUUCUGCACCUCUUCUAUUGUUCACCUGUGCGCUAUUAGUCUGGACAGGUACUGGUCGGUGACACAGGCUGUAGAGUAUAACUUAAAGAGAACACCUAAACGAGUUAAAGGGAUGAUUGUGGUUGUGUGGUUGAUCUCAGCCGUUAUCUCCUUCCCACCUCUUAUAUCAAUGGACAGGAGCAGCAAUGAGGCCAGUCCCCAGUGUAUCCUGAAUGAUGAGACCUGGUAUAUCCUGUACUCCAGCAUUGGAUCAUUCUUUGCCCCCUGUGUCAUCAUGAUCCUAGUAUAUAUUCGGAUCUACCAGGUGGCAAAGACCAGGACCAGAACAAUGUCAGAGAAGAAGAGGGAUGUGGACUCCCCACUGGAGAAUGGGAUGGAUCAAGCUGAAGCAGGCAGAGGCGGGUCAUUAAAGUCCAACAGGGGCGGGAGCAUGAAAGACCAGGACCGUGAGAAUGGGCACUGCCAGACGCAGGCAGCUCAGUCCCCUCUACCCAACGAGCCGAAACACGCACUGACAGACCACGACGACGACUUUGAGGAUAGCAGCUCGUCAGAUGAAAAACCUAAAAAAAGUUCCAGUUCAUCCAGACAUCACCACGACAACAGGAAAGACAGGAAGUCCAGCCGGAAGAGCAGCUCUGCCUCUAAAUUCUCCAGCAGGAAGUCGCGUGCCAGUUCCAAAUCUAUGGAGCUGUUCUCAUCUCGUCGCAAACGCCGGAGCACCGUCAACCGGAAGAAAGUCUCUGCUGCUCGGGAGAAACGCUUCACCUUCGUCCUCGCCGUCGUCAUGGGCGUGUUCGUGGUGUGCUGGUUCCCCUUCUUCUUCUCCUACAGCCUGUAUGGGAUCUGCCGGGACCCGUGCCAGAUUCCUGAGACGCUGUUCAAAUUCUUUUUUUGGAUUGGCUACUGUAACAGCUCCCUAAACCCCGUCAUCUACACCAUCUUUAACCAGGACUUCCGCAGAGCCUUCCAGAAGAUCCUCUGUAAGUCAUGGAAACGCUCGUUCUGAGUUGGGGGUCCUGCAUGGCUGAGUAUUUAAUAGACAUUUUACGCUGCAGACAUAAAUUUGAACUGUUCUGAGCUGUAGGAUAAAGUGCUGGCCUGGGGUGUUUUCACACCUUUACUUUCAGGGAUUGCACUUGAAAUGAAGGAAUGCUUACUGGAUCAAAGGAUUGACCUAAGGUACAGGAAGAAGGGUUUAAAGUACAAGUAAGCACUCUGAUAAUAAUCACAGGAAACGCCAUCCAGGCUACUUUUGGACUCUGAUGUGGGCUUCGGCUCAAUUCCCCCUCCUAAUUGACUUCUUCUCCCGUCAUUUAAAUACAAUAAACUCAUAACAGUUACUGUGAUGCAUGCACACCACAGUGGCUGCACCUGCACAGGAGGCGAAGGGUUUACAGAGACACUUAAUUUAUAAUGUGACCUCAUUCACUGAAUAUAAUGCGAAGGCCUUGACAAUCUCCACACAACCGUUGUUUGUGACGUUAGAUAGUGGUAUCUUCUUUCUCUCUCUGUCUCUUUACCUUUCUAUUACGUCACACUCUCAACACGAGGACCAAUGGGAC